UCAAAACAAACGUGUUUCUGUUUUGUUGAGCUACUCUCGCGUUCAGAACGUGCGGCUGCGAAUUUGUGAUCUUUUCGGAACAGUUUUUGUUUCUUCGUGUAAUUAAUCGACUAAAAUGGGUCGAAAAGUAAACUUUUCAGAGGCGCCGAAAAAAGGUCCUGGCAGGAAGGCCAGGAAACAGAAGGAUCCUACUUUCGACAAAAAGUUAUUAAAAGAUGAAGACGUCGAUGAAUCAAAGAAAAUGUCUCACCAUCAAAAGAUUCGUGCAAAAAAACGUCAGCAACAGAAACUCAAGAAACAGGAACUAAAAGCUAAAAAUAAGGAACGCAAAGUUAAAGCAGCAGAAGCAGAGAGCAAAAUGGCUCCAGAAUAUAACAGUGACGAUGAAUCAGAAGAGGAAAAUAAAGUACAAAACCAAUUACCCGUCCGGAUGGAUAUACUGAAAAGUAAGGCAAAGUAUGCAAAAGCUACUAGCAAUGUCAUUCAAUCUACUGUGUCCAAAAAGAACCAAUACGAAGCGGAAGAAGAAUCAGAUGACGACGGAUCUUCCAAAGAUGAAGCACCGGGAAACAAACGAGGUCGAGAUAUAUUGGCCAGCGACGACGAUUCCGAUAUGUCCGAAGACAACGAACCGCGCACUAAAGUUGGUAAAUUGAAAGAUUUUAUGGAUUCUGAUGAGGAGGACAGCGACGACGAUGCAGGAGAUAGCGAUGAGGAUGCUGAAGAAAGUGACGAAGAUGAAAACGACGAAGAUUCGGAAUCCAUGCUACCCAUUGAAAAAGCCGGAAAGAAGCUGAAGAAAAAGUUAGCGGAGGAAAAGCGUUUAGCUGACGAAGAAAUGCAAGAUUUGGCGGCAAAUAAGGAAAAGUUUCAAUUUCCGGAGCAAGAUGAUCAGAGUGCUCCUACCAAUCUACAGGACAUACACAUGCGCAUAAAGGAAGUCAUAGGAGUGUUGGCCGACUUUUCCGUCAAUCGAGAUCCCAACCGUUCCAGAUCAGAAUACAUGGAACUCUUGUGUAAAGACCUGUGCAUUUACUAUUCGUACAACGAGUUCUUUAUGCAACUCUUGUUGAAGCUGUUCUCCCCGAAUGAGUUGUUGGAAUUUUUGGAAGCCUCUGAAGUGCAACGACCGCUGACAAUCAGAACUAACAGUCUGAAGACACGUCGUCGGGAUUUGGCACAGGCCCUCAUCAACAGAGGUGUCAAUCUGGAUCCAAUUGGAAAAUGGUCGAAGGAGGGACUAGUAGUGUACACUUCACAGGUUCCAUUGGGAGCAACCCCCGAGUAUCUCGCUGGGCACUACAUGAUCCAAGGAGCGUCUAGUAUGUUGCCAGUGAUUGCGUUGGGCCCGGAAGAAAACGAACGAAUCUUGGACCUAUGUGCGGCGCCUGGUGGUAAGAGUUCGCACAUCGCUGCACUGAUGAAAAACACGGGUGUAUUAUUCGCAAAUGAUGUAAACAAAGAUCGUCUCCAAGCUGUUGUUGGAAAUUUCCAUCGUCUGGGAAUUCAGAAUGCUAUUGUGACGAGCAUUGAUGGCACCAAAUAUCGAGACGUUAUGACUGGAUUUGAUCGUGUGCUAUUGGACGCACCUUGCACUGGCUCUGGAGUCAUUUCCAAAGAUCCCAGUGUGAAAACCACCAAAACGGAUGUCGACAUACAGCGUUGUUACAAUCUUCAGCGAAAAUUAUUACUGACGGCUAUUGAUUGCUUAAGCGCUAAUUCUGAAACUGGCGGGUAUUUGGUGUAUUCCACAUGUUCAAUCCUACCCCAAGAGAACGAAUGGGUUGUAGAUUAUGCCCUCCGCAAGCGAAAUGUGCGACUUGUUUCAACGGGAUUGGAUUUUGGAAAUGAAGGAUUUGUAAACUUUGCUGGUCAAAAGUAUCACCCAUCAAUGAAGUUGACUCGCCGAUUUUAUCCACACACUUUCAAUAUGGAUGGGUUCUUUGUUGCUAAACUGCAGAAAUUUUCAGAUACCAUUCCAAGCUCCAAAAAAGAAGAUACAGAUGAAGAAGAGAUUGAAGAUGAAAAUCUAGAGCAAGAGGAAACGGAAUUACCGAAAAAGAUUGAUAAACGUGAUUGGUUCUAUAAGGAUAUAAUUGAAAAGCGCAAGAAACAACGUGAAGAUCCUCAUCACGUGGUGAAAGUUUUCGAAAAACCUACAAAAAACAAAAAGCCAGCCAAGAAUCCCGCUAACAAUGACAUGUCAGCGAAACAAAACGAAACUCCCUCAAAGACGGCCGAAACAUCCAAGCUGUCAAGAGAAAAAUUGAAAAAUAAAAAGCAAUCAAAAACUUCGGUUGAAAAUGGCUCACCUGCUACACCUGCUAUUGCACAAACAACUGCAACUACUGCGCAAGUGGCCGAUGCUUUCAAGCUACCCAACAAAAAAAGUGCGUCUGUGGAAAAGAAAUUGAAGAAGCGACAAUCGAUGCCAGCGUCAACCAUGCUGUCGGAUACACACGACGAUGAAGAUGUUCAAAGGACCCCAAAAUCUAAGAAACUGAACAAAAGGUUAUCGCUUCCUGGAUCGCACAUUCGUAGUAACAAAAAGUAGUUGUAUAGGCUUACUUUACUUGUUGCAAAUAUAUAAUGUAAAAGAUUAUUUUAGUACAUUGUUGAUGUCCUAUUAGAGAUAUCCUGGCGCCCAAAGUAAUAAAUCUUUUCUUAUUUUUUCUA